CUCUGUUUCUCUCUUUCUCUCUCGAACGAAAUUUCUUCUCCGAAAUUAACGUGAACUCUACGUUUGUUCUGUUCCUUCAGAUCUGCGCGACCAACUUGUAGCAUUACUUCUGUAUUCAAUCCCUCGCUUCUUCUUCUUCUUCUUCUUCUUCAGCGUUUGAGAUUGGCCAAACACGAUGCUGACGAAGUUCGAGACGAAGAGUAACAGGGUUAAGGGCUUGACCUUUCACAAUAAGAGACCAUGGAUCUUGGCCAGCCUUCAUAGCGGAGUAAUCCAGCUCUGGGAUUACAGGAUGGGAACUCUCAUUGACAGAUUCGAUGAGCACGACGGUCCAGUUCGCGGUGUCCAUUUCCAUCAUACUCAGCCGCUCUUCGUGUCUGGAGGAGAUGAUUACAUGAUUAGGGUCUGGAAUUAUAAGACACGUCGCUGUUUAUUUACUCUUCUUGGGCACCUUGAUUACAUCCGCACUGUCCAAUUCCACAAUGAGUAUCCCUGGAUUGUUAGUGCAAGUGAUGAUCAAACAGUUAGAAUAUGGAAUUGGCAAUCGCGCACCUGUGUUUCUGUUUUAACUGGACAUAAUCAUUAUGUUAUGUGUGCCUCUUUCCAUCCAAAGGAGGAUUUGGUUGUCUCAGCAUCCUUGGAUCAAACAAUUCGUGUUUGGGAUAUAGGGGCCCUGAGGAAGAAGACUGUGUCUCCAACUGAUGACAUUCUGCGUCUUAGUGAAAUGAACGCAGAUUUAUUUGGGGGAGUCGAUGUUGUUGUUAAAUAUGUCUUAGAAGGUCAUGAUCGCGGAGUUAACUGGGCUUCAUUCCACCCCAGCCUACCACUGAUUGUAUCUGGAGCAGACGAUCGUCAAAUAAAAUUGUGGCGAAUGAAUGAUACCAAGGCUUGGGAAGUGGACACAUUGCGAGGCCAUACAAAUAAUGUGUCUUGUGUUAUGUUCCUUGCAAAGCAGGACAUUAUUGCAUCAAACUCAGAGGAUAAAAGUGUUCGUGUCUGGGAUGUCACUAAACGGACCGGUAUCCAGACAUUCCGUAGAGAACAUGAUCGGUUUUGGGUUCUUGCAUCUCAUCCAGAAAUGAACCUUUUAGCAGCUGGUCAUGAUAGUGGUAUGAUUGUCUUUAAGUUGGAGAGAGAACGACCUGCUUUUUCUGUAAGUGGUGAUACAUUAUACUAUGUCAGAGAUCGUUUCUUGCGUCUGUAUGAGUUCUCAACUCAAAAGGACAUCCAAGUAAUUCCCAUACGACGACCUGGUUCCAUCAGCUUGAAUCAGGCUCCGAGAACACUCUCUUAUAGCCCAACGGAAAAUGCUGUUUUGAUCUGUUCAGAUGUGGAUGGUGGAUCUUAUGAACUUUAUAUCUUACCAAAGGACGGCGGCAUUGGUAGAGUUGAUCUUGUGCAAGAAUCAAUGAGAGGCAUAGGAACUUCAGCUGUUUUUGUGGCUCGUAAUAGGAUUGCAGUGCUUGACAAGAGUAACAACAUGGCAUUAGUCAAGAACUUAAAAAAUGAAAUUGUGAAGAAAAGCAGUCUUCCUGUUGUUGCUGAUGCAAUAUUCUAUGCUGGGACAGGUAAUCUACUAUGCCGGGCUGAAGAUAGGGUGGUCAUCUUUGAUCUUCAGCAGAGAAUUGUGCUUGGAGAGCUUCAUACCCCCUUUAUUAGAUAUAUUGCUUGGUCAAAUGACAUGGAGUGUGUUGCUUUGCUCAGCAAACAUGCUAUAGUAAUUGCUACCAAGAAGCUUAUGCAUCAGUGUACAGUUCACGAAACAAUCCGCAUAAAGAGUGGUGCCUGGGAUGAUAAUGGUGUUUUCAUAUAUACAACCUUGAACCAUAUGAAAUAUUGCCUUCCAAGUGGAGACACUGGAAUUAUCAGGACCCUUGAUGUUCCUUUAUAUAUCACAAAGGUUUCUCAGAAUAUUGUUCAUUGUCUGGACAGGGAUGGAAAACACCGUUCCAUAACAAUUGAUGCAACUGAGUAUGUUUUCAAACUUUCACUUGUAAAGAAAAGGUUUGAUCAUGUAAUGAGUAUGAUCAAGAGUUCAAGGCUCUGUGGACAAGCCACGGUUGCCUAUCUACAACAAAAAGGGUUCCCAGGAAUUGCCCUUCAUUUAGUCAAAGAUGAAAGAACUCAAUUUAACUUAGCACUAGAAAGUGGUAAUAUUCAAAUAGCUGUUGCAUCAGCAAAGGAGAUAGAUGAGAAAGAACACUGGUAUAAGUUAGGUGUGGAGGCUCUCCGACAAGGCAAUGCCAGCAUUGUGGAAUAUGCAUACCAGAGGACAAAGAAUUUUGAGAGGCUAUCCUUUCUUUAUCUUGUAACAGGGAAUCUGGAAAAAUUGUCCAAAAUGCUGCGAAUAGCUGAGGUGAAGAAUGAUGUAAUGGGGCAGUUCCACAAUGCCCUGUACUUGGGUGAUAUUCAAGAGCGUGCGAAAAUUCUAGAGCAUGCUGGACACUUACCUCUUGCAUAUGUCACGGCUAAAGUUCAUGGGCUGAAGGAAAUUGCUGAUAAGCUUGCUAGUGAGUUGGGUGAUACAGUUCCAUCUGUACCUGAAGGAAAAGUCCCUUCUCUUCUGAUUCCUCCAGCACCUAUUGUAUAUGGUGGAGAUUGGCCCCUUCUGAGGGUCAUGAAAGGCAUGUUUGAUGGUGAGUUGGACAAUAUGGGCAAGGCAGGACAAGAGGAAGAGGAUGAGUCUGUUGACGGUGAUUGGGUUGAGGACCUGGACAUUGCUGAUGUAGAUGACAUGCUGAAUGGAGAUAUUGGGGUGGUUAUUGACAAUGAUGAAAUCAAUGAAGGAAAUGAUGCGGAGGGAGGAUGGGAUCUUGAGGACCUGGAUCUACCGGCUGAAGUUGAUUCACCAAGCACUGCAAUUAGUGGCCGCGCAGCUGUAUUUAUAGCCCCAACACCAGGCACACAUGUUUCCCAACUCUGGAUUCAACGAUCUUCUCUAGCUGGCGAGCAUGCAGCAGCUGGCAAUUUUGAUACUGCAAUGCGCUUACUGAACCGACAAUUGGGUGUGAAGAACUUUGCUCCCCUGAAACCAAUGUUAAUGGAUUUGUACCUGGGAAGUCAUUCAUAUGUACGAGGAUUUGAUUCUGUGCCAGUGAUCACCAAGGCAAUUGAGAGGGGAUGGAAUGAAUCUGCCGGCCCCAACAUGAGGUACCCUCCAGCCCUUGUGUUUGAACUUUCUCAGUUGGAUGAUAAACUUAAAACAGCUUAUAAGGCCACUACAGAAGGUAAGUUUGUUGAGGCUUUAAGGGUUUUCCUCAACAUCUUGCACACAAUUCCACUAAUUGUCGUUGAAUCAAGGAGAGAAGUUGACGAAGUUAAGGAGUUGAUUGUAAUAGCAAAAGAAUAUGUCCUGGGAUUAAAGAUGGAAGUCAAAAGAAAGGAAAUUAAAGAUGACGUUGUUCGUCAGCAGGAAUUGGCAGCCUACUUUACCCACUGCAAUCUUCAGAUGAUCCAUUUGAGGCUUGCUCUGAAUAGUGCCAUGGGAAUUUGCUACAAGGCUGGAAGUUUAAUUACAGCAGGAAAUUUUGCAAGGCGGUAUUUGGAAACUAAUCCUUCCAAUGAAAAUCAAGUAAGAAGGGCAAGGCAAGUCCUGCAGGCUUGUGACAGAAAUAUGAAAGAUGCAACCUUGUUGAAUUAUGACUUCAGGAAUCCUUUUGUGGUUUGUGGAGGAACAUACGUGCCGAUAUACCAUGGACAAAAAUAUGUAUCUUGCUCAUAUUGUGGUUCACAUUUUGUACCUACAUUUGAGGGGCAGCUCUGUGCUGUUUGUGACCUUUCUAUAGUUGGCUCAGAUGCAUCUGGUCUGCUUUGUUCCCUUUCACAGGGGAGAUGAUUCACAGGAUUCCUUUAUAUGCCAUAAAGCUUUAAGGAA